ACCGCGAGGUCUCGACACGUCUGAGGAAACGGCACGAGCGAAUCGGAAGAGCGGUGAAAUAAAAAGAAAGAGGCGCCGGAGCCGAAGGUCUCGGGGCGGACAGGGCACGCGGGCCGCUCUCGGCGAAAUGACAAGGGCACUGGCCGGGCGCGCGAUCAGAAAAAAUUGUUAAGAACUUGGAUGUGCAAAUGAUAAGGAGCUAUAAACAGGGAGGCAAAUGGGGGAAGUGAGGAAAGUGCAGAAGAAGUUGAGGCAGAUUGAAAAUCUGGAGAUCAAAGCCUCUCUCACGAAAGAGGAGAGAGAUAAGAUCUCCAGGAAGGAGGAGCUUCGUUCCAGAUUGGCUGAGUUGCUGCUGCAGCUUUCUGCCCCCCAGCGAGACCAAGGAAUUGUGGGGGAUGAAAAAGAGAAAAUGAAAAGACGAGUAAAGGACGAUUCGGAGAUACUCGUCUCACGGCCACCCCCUACAAAAGUUCUUAAAGAAGGAUCCGAGAAACGUACUGGGCAGGAGAAAGAAGACACACAUGAAACCGAGACACAAGACUAUCCUUCCAGGGUUCAAAUAGGUGCGAAUGAAGUGGUAGAAGACACUAGACUGAAAUCUCUGAGGGCAUCGUGGGAAGGGUCAAAGUUUCGGCUAAGGCUGCUAGAAGGUCACAAUGACCUCGUCACCUGUGUGGUUGCUGUGGAUAACAUGGUUGUCUCUGGCAGUCGCGAUACAACGGUAAAGGUGUGGCACGUUCCCACGGCAACAGAACAGCGGAAUCUUGGGGGGCACAGUGGGGGUGUCACCUGUCUUUUUGCACCUCUUCCUGAGUACUGCAGAAGGCUGGCUCGUUCCCUCUCUCUGAAUGAGAAGGAGAGGUUUGUGAUCAGUGGUUCGGUAGACUGCACUGUCAGAAUCUGGGCCCUUAGUACUGGACUCUGUGUGAAGUCAAUCUACACAUUCAAUGCAGUCUCAACGCUCUGCUUUGUCCCUGAGGGAGAAGGAUUCAUUGUUACAGGAUCAGAUGGUGGUAAAGUAGAAGUUUGGAGCUGGGAUUCCAUGCAGAAUUGUCAGUCAGUCAAAGCGCACGAGGACAGCGUGACCACACUGCAAUCCCAGGGUCCUCUUGUCUUCAGUGGCUCAGCAGAUGGAGGUGUGUCUGUGUGGGAGGUGCAUCACUCCAGCCCUGCCCCUUUGCAAAUACUACAUCGCUGGAGCUCAUGUGUGACUGGCUGUGGCAGUCCGAAUGAAGCCCACGUUGGCCAGCUGGCCCUCAGCCCCCGUGGAGACCGUGUGUUCCUUGCAGAUGGGAAAGCCAAUCUGAAGAUACUGAACUGGAGGACAGGCUCAGUGUCCAGACUGGCAAAUCACAGUACCGUCGCUGGGGUGACAGAUUGUGUCAGCCAGACAGCCGGAAUUCUGAUUGGCUCUUGCUUUGACCUUGCGACUGGAGACAGUACCCUUAACCUAUUUUCUCUCCCGCAGUGCGAGUACCUCGUGUCUCUAACAUGUCACGAAUACCCCAGAAUCCUGUGCUUUGCAGCAUGGCUUACACCCAGUGGGGGCCAUCGCUGGGUCACAGGGGGCCGUGUCCUUACGGUCUGGGAGCAGCUUCCAACAAGCACUAAACAAAGAGGUGAUGUCACAGCAAAGAGAAACAUCCAGUUGGAAGCCUGUUCUGUAGAAUCUGAUCCAGGUUCAGAAGAGGACGAUGAUGACGAUAUGGACAACUACAUAUCCCAGGAUGCCCCUGCAAACGAUGAGGAACCCAACUCGUCGUGGCUCCGCUGCGCUCUUCAGUGACAGGACAAUCGAUCACACAGCUGCCCGCUGAAAUAUAGCAUGUUUGAGCGACAACAAGAGGGGAGGGGAUGCGAGAGCGUGAUAGAUUGUCUUUGCCUGCCUCUCCCCUCUCUCAGGCUGAGAGAUUGUUAUACAAUGUAAAUGUUGCUCCGCAUAUAUGAAAUAAACCUGUCAUGUUUCAA